AUGACAACAAAAGUAAAGAGAGUUCAAACAUUCGGAAAAAAGAAAACGGCCGUUGCAGUAGCGACAGUUACAAAUGGAAAGGGACUGAUAAAAUUAAAUGGAAAGAACAUCGAUUUAGUGGAACCGUACAUUUUGAGAACAAAAGUUUAUGAGCCCCUAUGGUUGAUAGGAGCAGCUAAAUUAAAAAAUUUAGAUAUACGCAUAAGGGUUAAGGGAGGAGGUCAAACGGCACAAAUUUACGCAAUAAGACAAGCCAUUGGCAAAGGAAUAAUAUCAUACUAUCAAAAAUAUGUGGACGAGUCAACAAAAAAAGAAUUAAAGGAUAUAUUGUUAAGAUAUGACAGAACGUUACUCGUAGGAGAUACAAGAAGAUGUGAACCUAAGAAGUUUGGUGGAAAGGGAGCGCGUGCCAGAUACCAGAAAUCAUACAGAUAG